AUGAGUGUGGGUGAGCUCUUCAUUCAGGUAGUACCAAGCUCUCACUUCAUUCGCUCACCUCGUGAUCGUCUUUGCUGCUCAUCACUCUAGUUCAGAUCGCGCGUUGGCCGACUCGCUGCCAUCCGAGCUUCGCACCGAACCGCUCUGUGACUUGUAGGACCAUACUCUGCGAUCACAAUGCACAACCCACAUCAGGUCCAUCGAGGAGACGCUCACCGUUCCCCAGGUCUCGAAUCGAUGCAUAUGUCACUCGACCCACAUCGCCGCGCCCCGCACACCACUAUCGACCGGUGACGAUCUCCUCCGCCACCCCCACAUCGUUCACUCGCGUCGUCAACGUCGAUCGAUCACUCGAAUGCAAUCCCUCACGCUUCUUUCUUGAUCGGAUCGAAGAGUCUCAACGAUGCGGCAAGCCCGGGGGUUGUCGGAACAUCUGUUGCACGGCCCGACUGAUUUCGUCGAUGUGCAGUCCGAGACCUUCAUCGGCUCGAGCACUAUCACCCCGUCUCGACCGCCUCGCGACUCCCUCAACCUCCCGCGCCCGUCAUCCUGCUCGUCGAGUCAUCCGUCCAAAGCCACUUCGUCUCAACUCGUCGUUCCAAACAUCCCCCGUACUUGUUUGGCAGUCACAAAGCGAACAAACGUCCGAACGGUCAGUGAGUGCUUCAACUUGUCAGCUUUCCCUUCCUCCACACAUCGCGUAUUGCAAGUCUGUACCCUCUUGUUUAUGUUUGACUUUUCUUCCGCUCCACCAGGUUUCAGAUUCCGGCCUGCGCUUCACUCGACGCUUUGAACUCCGACUCGCUCGAAACCGUUUCUAG